GCGGUGGGGCCGGGGCUCCCUUGGCCUCCGGGCCCGUUCCGGGUUCUUGCCCCGCUCCGUCCCGCCGGGUCCCAGCGGUACCGGGCCGGUACCGGGAUCAGGACCCCGAUCCCUCUGAGCCCUUUCUGUGUCUCUGGCUGCAGGGGAUCCCGGGGAUGGAAUUCCAGGUGCUUCGGGGAGGAGAAACUCGGAGUUUUUCCACGCCUUGAGCUGGAUCCUCCCAGGGAAUGUUCCGGGGCUCUCUCCAGCCUCUCCCCAGCCCUUGCAGCUUCCCCUCUGCCCGGUCGUCAGGAAAAGACAAUUUAAAUGUCUUCAGAAGACAGAGAAGCUCAGGAGGAUGAGCUGCUGGCUCUGGCAAGCAUCUAUGAUGAGGAGGAGUUCAAGAGAGCAGAGUCAGCCCAAGGAGGAGAAACAAGAAUUUGUCUGGAGUUGCCCCAAAACUUCAAAAUCUUUGUGAGUGGCAGUGCCACAGAAAGCCCCCAGAGCAGCAGCUUUGAGUGCACAGUUUGCUUCCUGCCCCCCCUGGUGCUGCAUUUUGAGCUCCCUCCAGACUACCCCUCCACCUCCCCACCCAGCUUCACCCUCAGUGGGAAAUGGCUCUCCCAAGCCCAGCUGAGUGCUCUUUGCAAGCACUUGGACAACGUCUGGGAGGAGAAUCGAGGCUGCGUGGUCCUCUUUGCCUGGAUGCAGUUCCUGAAGGAAGAAACUCUGAGUUACCUGAAUAUUUCCUCCCCUUAUGAGCUGAAAAUGUGCCAGGCAGGGGGUGGGCAGAGCAGGGCUCCUGAGAAGGACUCUGGUGGUGCAGCUGCAGCUGGAGAAGCCCUGGAUGCAAGGGCUGUGCAGGAUGUGGAGUCCCUGUCGAGCCUGAUCAGGGAAAUCCUGGACUUUGACCAGGCUCAGAGGAGGAAGUGCUUCAACAGCAAGAUGUACCUGUGCAGGAUCUGCUUCUCUGAGAAGCUGGGCACUGAGUGCAUGUACUUCACUGAGUGCAGCCACGUCUACUGCAGAGCCUGCCUCAAGGACUACUUUGAAAUACAGAUCAGGGAUGGGCAGGUCCAUUGCCUCAACUGCCCUGAGCCCAAGUGUUCUGCUCCUGCUACUCCUGGCCAGGUGAAGGAGCUGGUUGGGGAGCAGCUCUUUGCCCGUUACGACCGGCUGCUGCUGCAGUCCAGCCUGGACCUGAUGGCAGACGUGGUGUACUGCCCGCGGCCCCGCUGCCAGACCCCGGUGAUGCAGGAGCCAGGCUGCACCAUGGCCAUCUGCUCCUGCUGCAACUAUGCCUUCUGCACCCUCUGCAGAAUGACCUACCACGGCGUGUCCCCAUGUAAAGUCACUGCAGAGAAACUGAUGGAUCUACGGAACGAGUACCUGGAAGCAGAUGAGGCAACCAAGAGGUUCCUGGAACAACGCUACGGGAAACGAGUGAUUCAGAAAGCCCUGGAGGAGAUGGAGAGUAAGGAAUGGCUGGAAAAGAAUUCCAAGUCUUGUCCUUGCUGUGGCACUCCCAUAGAGAAGCUGGAUGGGUGUAACAAAAUGACCUGUACAGGCUGCAUGCAGUAUUUCUGCUGGCUCUGCAUGGGUUCUCUCUCCAGGGUGAACCCCUACAGGCACUUCAGUGACCCAGCCUCCCCCUGCUUCAACAGGUUGUUUCAAGCCCUGCACGCUGAUGGGGAGUUCCAGGAAGCUGAAGAUGAAGACUUCUGACUUUUCCCUAGCAACAAAAGGCUGAACAAACCAGAGGCAGAUGCUUUCCAUUUCUGUGUCAAGUUGGUUUGCUUUUCACUUCCAUUUUCUGGUAAAAGAGUGGUAACUCCCUUGCCCUGCAGGAUCCUGACACUUCAGAGCCUGUUGCCAAAACCAGAGGAGAACUUUUCACCCAUCCUGGGGUCAGGGUCACCAUGGAAAGCCCUAAAAAUGACACUGAUUGUUGAGGAGGAGUACAAGCUGUUGGAAAGAAGUUGGAAAGGUACUGGAAAAAUACAUCCUGAGAGCUGCCCCUUUUCCUAAAGCACAGGAACAAAGCUCAAGCCCCAGUCAGGAAACCAUCUGGGGGGGUUCCCUUGAGGGAGAACCAGUUCCUAGGAAUUGAAAUGAGUUGGAGUCCUCUCAGUGUUGCUCUUGUGUCCCCUCAGGUUUCCUCUCCUCAUCCUGAGAGUGAGGAGCUCUGAGGCCAGGAACAGAGCACGUGGCCAAGUGAGAGGCUGCAAAGUCUCAGUCAGAUCUUGGAACACUUUUGGAGGGGACUUGGUUGAGAUUAACUUGAAUUUUUCAGGAUACUGAAAAUUACUUUGUCUUCUCAGAUGAUGAAGUGAUUAAUUUUUUACUAACUCUUCAUAUAAAAAA